AUGUUGACGAGUGCCUAUCCCAAGAGGCAGGCUCAACGUCUUUACCUGAGCGAAUCACACCCCUACCUUCUUCUUCUUCUUCUUCUUCUUCCAUUUGAUUUUUUCCUUUAUUUUAGCACCCUACCUUCUUCUUCUUCUUCUUCUUCCUUCUUCUUCUUCUUCUUCUUCUUCUUCUUCUUCUUCUUCUUCAGCCAUUUGCUUUUAUUCCUUCUACCUUUUAGCCUUCUACCUUCUUUUCUUCUUCUUCUUCUUCUUCUUCUUCUUCUUCUUCUUCUUCCUUCUUUAGCCAUUUGCUUUUAUUCCUUCUACAUUUUUUUUCUUCUUCUUCUUCUUCUUCAGCCAUUUGCUUUUAUUCCUUCUACCUUUUUCUUCUUCUUCUUCUUCUUCUUCUUCUUUUCUUCUUCUUUUUCUUUUUUAUUCUUCUUCUUCCUUUUUAGCAAUACUACCUUCUUCUUCUUCUUCUUCUUCUUCUUCUGCCAUUUGCUUUUUAUUCCUUCUACUUCUUUUUCUUCCACUUCCUCCUUCUCCUCCUCCUCCUUCUUCUUCUUCUUCUUCUUCAUUUUUGCUUUUAUUCCUUCUACCUUUUUAGCACCACUACAUCCUCCUCCUCCUCCUCCUCCUUCUUCUUCUUCUUCUUCAGCCAUUUGCUUUUUUAUUCCUUCUCUUUUUUUAGCACCCCCCUUCUUCUUCUUCUUCUUUUUUCUUCUUCUUCUUCUUCUUCUUUCUUCAGCCAUUUGCUUUUAUUCCUUCUACCUUUUAGCACCCCUACUUUCUUCUUCUUCUUCUUCUUCUUCUUCUUCUUCUUAUUCUUUUCUUCUUCUUCUUUACACCACUACAUCCUCCUCCUCCUCCUCCUUCUUCUUCUUCUUCUUCAGCCAUUUGCUUUUAUUCCUUCUACCUCUUUUAGCACCACUACCUUCUUCUUCUUCUUCUUUUCUUCUUCUUCUUCUUCUUCUUCUUCUUCUUCUUCUUCUUCAGCCAUUUGCUUUUAUUCCUUCUACCUUUUUAGCACCCCUACCUUCUUCUUCUUCUUCUUCUUCUUCUUCUUCUUCUUCUUCUUCUUCUUCUUCUUCUUCUUCUUCAGCCAUUUGCUUUUAUUCCUUCUACCUUUUUAGCACCACUACCUUCUUCUUCUUCUUCUUCUUCUUCUUCUUCUUCUUCUUCUUUACACCCCUACCUUCUUCUUCUUCUUCUUCUUCUUCUUCUUCUUCUUCUUCUUCUUCUUCUUCUUCUUCUUCUUCUUCUUCUUCUUUUUGCUUUUUUAUUCCUUCUUCUCUUUUAGCACCACUACUUCUUCUUCUUCUUCUUCUUCUUCUUCUUCUUCUUCUUCUUCUUCUUCUCCGUCACCCGACCACUCCUUCUUCUUUUUCUUAUUCUAUGUCUCUUUUUUCUGAUUAUCUACACCUUCUUCUUUUUCUUUUCUUCUUUUUUGUCUUCUUCUAUCCUGUUUUCCUCUCGUUUAGCAAGCCCCUCUUCCUCCUCCUUCAAAAUAUCUUUGUCUCUUUCUUUCUGAUCAGCAACACCUUCUCCAUUAUCAUGUGCUUCUUUUCACUUGCUUUUAACUUCUCCUCGUACUCCUCCUUCUGCCAUUUCUUCUUUUGCUUCUUCUCCCUCUUCUUUUUUUGGCACUUUCUUUCCCAAAUCCCUUUCUUCCCCUUCUCUUUCUUCUCCUCCUCCUGUUUUUCUUUCUAUUCAGUAACUCUUUUUUUUUCUUUUUCGAUAUCACUUUCCUUCCGUUUAGUAACUCCUUACUCUUCUUCUUCUUCAUUAUUCUUCGUUCCGCUUAGCAACUCCUUUUCUUUUUUUAUGUCAUUUCCUUUCCGUUUCAGCUUCUUAUCUUCUUUCUUUCUUUCUUUCUUUCUUUUCCUCUUAUUCGCUGUCUCUUUUCUUCUUGUUUUAUAUCACUCUCCUCUCGUUUACCAACACCACCUUCUGCAUUUUUUUCAUUUACCCUUCUUCCUUUAUUUACCACCUUCGACAACUCCUUUGCUUGUAUUUCUUUUCUUUUUUCCUUUUUUGUCCCACUUCUUUCUUUUUCUUCGUUUACUUUCCUUUUUCACUUUCCAUAUUUUCUUCAUCUCUUUAUCGAAUACCAAGUGA